UCCUCUCCCGUCUCCAUUGAUGGCGUCCUCCUCCUCAGUCGCUCCUCCAGCUCCUUCAUCAGGCGGUCACUACGAGGUCCCAUGGGUGGAGAAAUACCGCCCGGUGAGGGUCGCCGACGUCGUGGGCAACACCGAUGCUGUCUCCAGGCUCCAAAUCAUUGCCCGCGAGGGCAACAUGCCCAACAUCAUCCUCGCUGGUCCUCCUGGAACUGGGAAGACAACGAGCAUACUUGCCCUUGCACAUGAACUCUUGGGGCCUAAUUGCAAAGAGGCAGUGCUGGAGCUGAAUGCAUCAGAUGAUAGGGGCAUUGAUGUGGUGAGGAACAAGAUCAAAAUGUUUGCCCAGAAGAAAGUGACCCUUCCUCCAGGAAGACACAAGAUUAUCAUUCUUGAUGAGGCAGACAGUAUGACAUCUGGAGCACAACAAGCACUGAGAAGAACAAUGGAGAUCUAUUCAAACACUACAAGGUUCGCUCUUGCGUGUAACACUUCGUCAAAGAUCAUUGAACCCAUUCAGAGUCGAUGCGCUCUUGUUCGUUUCUCUAGAUUGUCUGAUGAAGAGAUCCUCGGGCGCCUUAUGAUAGUGGUAGAGGCUGAGAAGGUCGCUUACGUGCCAGAAGGAUUAGAAGCAAUCAUAUUCACCGCUGAUGGUGACAUGAGACAAGCUCUGAAUAACUUGCAAGCUACUUACAGUGGAUUUCGAUUUGUCAAUCAGGAGAAUGUUUUCAAGGUCUGUGAUCAGCCUCACCCAUUACAUGUCAAGAAUAUGAUCCGUGAUGUCCUUGAGGGUAAGUUUGAUGAUGCCUGCUUUGCUCUGAAGCAACUCUACGACUUGGGCUAUUCUCCCACGGACAUUAUCACUACACUAUUCAGAAUCAUAAAAAACUAUGACAUGCCUGAAUACCUAAAACUGGAAUUCUUGAAGGAGACAGGCUUCGCUCACAUGCGAAUUUGUGAUGGUGUCGGCUCACUCCUUCAGCUAUCUGGUCUCUUGGCAAAGUUGGCUGUUGCUCAGCAAACUGCAAAAGCACUCUAAAAACAUAUCUAUAGCAUAAUCAAUUUACUUUUACGCAUGCAUUCAGUCGAUAGGUUUUCUGGAUACGAGAGUUUUGAACCCUUGAGGGCAUCACUUGCCAACUUUUGUGAUCAAUUAAUCAAACCCUUUUUGCUUUUUCA